GCUUUGGAGUCCUGGUGUUUCUGAGGGGCCACCGGGGCACAGGAGAGGGCCGCUGGAGGUGGACCGGCCGCUCUUGGGUGUCAGGGUUGCGGAUCUGAGGGAUGUGGAGCGGCCAUGGCCAGCGACGGGGCCAGGAAGCAGUUCUGGAAGCGCAGCAACAGCAAGGUCCCGGGCAGCAUCCAGCAUGUGUAUGGAGCCCAGCACCCGCCUUUUGAUCCGCUGUUACACGGCACCUUGCUCAAGUCUACGCCCAAGGUGCCCACCACCCCAGUGAAGGCAAAGCGGGUCAGCACCUUCCAGGAGUUUGAGAGCAAUACCAGUGAUGCUUGGGACGCCGGUGAGGAUGAUGAUGAGCUUCUGGCAAUGGCGACAGAGAGCCUGAACUCCGAGGUGGUCAUGGAGACAGCACAUCGUGUCCUGCGCAAUCACAGCCAGAGGCAGAGCCAGCCCUCACAGAAGAAGCCAGAGCCACAGCCAGAGCCUCAGCCCAUAGCAGAGCCUCCUGUAGUUCCCAGUGGUGACCUUCGCCUGGUGAAGUCUGUCAGUGAGAGCCACACUCCUUGUCCUUCAGAGAGCACCGGUGAUACAGUUCCCCUGCAGCGGUCCCAGUCUCUUCCCCACUCGGCCACUGUGACACUGAGUGGGGCAUCUGACCCACAUGCCCUUGGUGGCUCAGCCCUGAGCAAGAGAGAGACCUCUCGGCUGGACAAGUUCAAACAGCUGCUUGCUGGCCCCAACACAGACCUUGAGGAAUUACGGAAGCUGAGCUGGUCUGGAAUCCCAAAGCCAGUUCGUCCAAUGACAUGGAAACUUCUCUCAGGUUACCUUCCUGCCAAUGUUGACCGAAGACCAGCCACGCUGCAGAGGAAACAGAAGGAAUACUUUGCUUUCAUUGAGCAUUAUUACAACUCUAGGAAUGACGAAGUUCACCAGGACACGUAUCGCCAGAUCCAUAUCGACAUCCCACGGAUGAGCCCGGAAGCACUGAUUCUUCAGCCCAAGGUGACAGAGAUUUUCGAAAGGAUCUUGUUUAUAUGGGCUAUCCGACACCCUGCCAGUGGAUACGUCCAGGGAAUAAAUGACCUGGUCACUCCGUUCUUCGUGGUCUUCAUUUGUGAGUACACAGACCAGGAGGACGUGGACAAGGUCGAUGUCUCCAGUGUGCCUGCAGAGGUGCUUCGAAACAUUGAGGCUGACACAUACUGGUGCAUGAGCAAGCUACUGGAUGGCAUUCAGGACAACUACACCUUUGCCCAACCUGGGAUUCAGAUGAAGGUAAAGAUGCUGGAAGAGCUUGUGAGCCGGAUUGAUGAGCGGGUCCACCGGCAUCUGGACGGGCAUGAGGUGCGGUACCUGCAGUUUGCCUUCCGCUGGAUGAACAACCUGCUGAUGAGGGAGUUGCCCCUGCGCUGCACCAUCCGUCUGUGGGACACCUACCAGUCUGAACCCGAGGGCUUUUCUCAUUUCCACUUAUAUGUUUGUGCUGCUUUCCUCGUGAGAUGGAGGAGAGAAAUUCUAGAAGAAAGAGAUUUUCAAGAGUUGCUGCUCUUCCUCCAGAACCUGCCUACUGCCCGCUGGGAUGACCAGGAUGUCAGCCUGCUGCUGGCCGAGGCCUAUCGCCUCAAGUUUGCCUUCGCAGAUGCACCCAAUCACUACAAGAAGUGAGCCAGGGGCCCAUGGCAGUGGCCUCACCCUGGGGAUAGCAUCCCCUCCCUGCCUGGGCAGUUGCUGGCCUCUGGACUAGUCCAUUCCUGGUGUGACCUAGCAGAAUAGGCCCCAGCAUGGUCCAGGGCUUGGCGGGAUAGGCAGCCUAGAUUGAUGAGAUACCAAAGAGAGCCCAAAAGAGAAUCCUGGCUUCAGAAGUUCAGUGUGGCCAGGAGUGUCCCUCACCCUGGUCCUACCUUGCCAAAUGCCCUCCCUACAGCCCCCAUUUCAGAAGCCAAGAGGAAGGUUCCCUCAGAGAGCCCUGUUAGAUGGGUGCCAGGCAGAGGGGGGCCGCCAUCUCAAGCCUGCUCUCGGUUGCACAAAUCUAUUCUGUUAAGUGAAAGAAUAAAGUCCAGAAAAAAUAAAGUCCGAACAUGACUUAGGCUGAGCUAGGAUUUCCGAACACACAGCCUUUAAUGGCCACUAUGUUUAGGCUUGGCUUGGUUUAGAUCAGGAGUUGGAUCCUGGGAGGCUGUGGAACAAGAAGAGGCCAGGGCAGGCUGAAGCUUCUCAUGGUCACCUUACUUUAUGUCUUUAAUUACCGCACUCCCUGUCCUUGUGGGGAGAAGGGUCAAAGAACCCCUAGGUAGCAGGGGUUAUUGUCAGUCAGGGUCCCAGAGAUUGUCUCAUGGGCCCAAACUUAGCCACAACAGGGCAGGGAUUAGUGGUUCUACAAUCCCAGCCUUGUGUUGGGAGAUCCUUACCACUACCACCUGGAUGGUGAUAGCCAGGAGCUGCUGGGCUGUCGUCCCUUCAUGCCCUACUGCCCCUUUCCAAAUCCACUGGGUUGGAGCCUUUGCCCUCUGUUGCUAGGCUUCUACAGGGCCCUCAGACUGACUUCCCUCAUAUAUGUCCCACAUAUGCCCCCAGGCUGCCUGGCCUCUGUGAUGUGGGGUCCCCGAGGACCACUGGGCCACCUAUAGGGCAAGAGCCUCAGACUCCUAGAGCAGACCCCUGUCCUCAGUUAUCCACUGCAGCCCACUCUCUGACCUGUCCCUUCUUCAGGAGCAGCGCACCACUGCCCAGGCACUAGGGCUCCGCCCAGAGGCUAUGGGGAAGACAUAGGGAAGGUGUGUGCCUGCUUCUGUUCAGGUCAUCCUGGGUCAGAGGGGCCGCAACAUCAACAGAGUGCUGUGCAGGCAAUUCAAUGUCCUGGAUCAGCAGAGUGACAUGCUCCCUCAGACCAGUGCCUGUCCUGGGUGAGAGGCGCCCAGUUAUAAGAAAAGCUGCCUCUGUGGCUCUGUGGAGAAGCGCCAUCCUUCUUGAUCCUUCCAUGGUGCAGAUCAUCCCUUAGCCAGAAGGGUAGGCCCAUAAAGAUCUGCCCUGUGGUGUUUUUUUAUGAGAUGACAAGGACCCAUGAGGUUAACUUAAGCCCUGAAUGUAUUUCUAUGUGUGCAAAUGCUUGACUGGGUGUACGAGACACUGGUGAUAGUCCUGUGUCUGAGCCCAUGAGCUGAGCCGGGCAGGAUGUGUGCUUUGAAUGUGAUGUGUUGGAAACAUGAAAUAAAGAUGCUUCAUACGGCC